AGACCGUUUUCGACGACACCCGCGGCGCGGUCGAAGCUCGGGCGGACGCCGCUGUCGGUGCCGCCGGGCGUGGAGGUUGUCAUGGGGGAGCCGAGGGCUGUGCGGAGCGCGACUUCGUAUAAGCCUGUUGUGAGGAAGACGAUUACCGUGACGGGGCCAUUGGGAACGUUGACGCUGGAUGUGCCCGAGUUUGUGGACCUUGCGCAGAGCGCAGAGGACAAGACUGCGACGUUGAGCGUGCGGGAUCCGAAUGAGAAGGAGCAGAAGGAGAUGUGGGGCACGUCAUGGUCCUACCUCAACAACCACAUCACCGGCGUCUCCGAAGGCCACACGGCCAUCCUGCGCCUCGUGGGCGUCGGCUACCGCGCCAGCGUCGAGCAGCGCGGCGCCAAGGAGACGUUCCCCGGCCAAAAGUUCCUCUGCCUCAAGCUCGGCUUCACGCACCCGGUCGAGGUGGGCAUCCCGCGCGGCGUCACCGUCACGACGCCCUCGCUGACGAGGAUCCUGAUUGAGGGCCCCGAUCGGGAGGCCCUGAUGAGCUUUGCGGGGGUUGUCCGCAAGUGGAGGCCGCCGGAGCCGUAUAAGGGCAAGGGGGUGUUUAUCAAUGACGAGACGAUUAAGUUGAAGCAGAAGAAGAUUAAAUAA